ACCACUGGACUAUGUCUUCUAUAACUCCAAUUCCUAUGUCCUAGUUGUGCCCGAAUACGUCCUAACUCUUCCUGGAACCGAAAAGCGGAUCCUCUUCCCACUGUACCGAAAUAUUCAAAUAGGCGGCCCAGCACGUCUACUAUGUUGCUCAAAGUUCUUCUGCUGGCAUGCGUUCGUUUCGAGCACGAAGAGACGGUAUCGGCGCAUGGUUUCUAGGCCCAAAGGCGGAGAAUGCUACUGUGAUGAGACGCAGUAUCAUGAACAUGGUUGAGACGAUCAUGCAAACCAGACUAGGCUAUAGUUCAGAAGAUGAACCAACGAUCACAUAAGACAUGAGGCUGACUGAAAGUUUCAUAGAAAACCAGGCGAAGCUUUACAAAAAUCUCGACAUGGUCAUUCAAUGGUUAUCGAAAACCAGCGUGCCAUUUUACUCUCAGCGUUAUGUGGCACACAUGGCUUCAGACACAAGUUUUCGCAAUCACCACCAAGU